AUGUCGCGUCUGAAAAUUGCCCAAGUGUUGCGUGACGACCCUGAUAUCCUUUAUGCUGCAGAAUGUUCACGCGACGACGUCCAUGGUGUAACCCGUCUGUUGAUGAAGCACCACAAUAUGGCUCAAGGUUGUAAAGUGUUCGUCUCACGAAAGCCGUGUUCUUUCUGCACAAAGCUUCUGGUGCAAUCUAAAGUCAAGAGAGUCUUCUAUCUGCCAAUUGAACCUGAAUACAUAGGUCUAGAUAAAGAGAAAUUUGAAGCCGAAAAGUCGUGUGUCGAUAAUCUUUUUAAAGUUAGCGCAAUCGGUGAAACCACGUUUGUUCCCAGAGUGGAAGAGGAAGUCGUGGAAGCUAGCGAGAAAAAGAAGAAAACCAAGACACCCAUAGCGGCUUUAGAGGAGCUACAGAGAGAGCUAUUUAAAACCUACUGGGAGGAAAACUGGAUGGCACGCGCCAAAGACGACCUUCCAUGGCUAGCUUUCGACGAAAUUAUGAAAAAGCAGGUCGAGAGUGAUUUUAAUGACCUCUUUAAAUGGAUGGCUCACGUUUUUGUAGGCUCAGAAAAAGGAUACAAAUUUGAGGCCCUAAACCAGAAUGGAACGACCUCGUUCGACCCAGCGAAAAACGAGCUUGAUCAUUCGCAGGCCUCUUUCUUCAUAACCUUUGCAAAAUUCUUAGCCGAGCGGACAGACGAGCCUACUGCAGGAGUGGGUGCGGUGGUCAUUAACAAAGACCAUGAAAUCGUAGCUAUCGGUUGGAAUGGAUUCCCGACGAAGGCGCUGUACGGUGAGUUUGCAAGGGCUUCUCGUCACGAUUCAAGUGUUAAAGAUAAGAAGUAUCCGUAUUCGAUCCACGCUGAACAAAACGCCUUGCUGUUGCGCAACACCAAGGACUUUGCGGACGGAACGUUGUUUGUAACAAAGACACCGUGCGAUGAAUGCACUCCACUCCUCCAGAUGCAAGGAAUCAAAACCGUUGUUAUAUGCGGAAAAAUGCAGAAUGAGCAGCGACAAGGUUUGAGCUAUCAAAAGUUCGAUGCCAAAGUGAAGGAAGGUAUUUUCAUUUGCUUUGAAACGAAGAAUGCCGAUGAUAAACCAGAGGCCGUUCGCGCUAAGAAGAAAUUACCCCUGUAAAAGAUAUUCGUUAAAAUGUUUGUGUAUGAGACAUGUGCAUAUACGUACAUCAUUAACUGGAUGGCCACAAUUUUGUAGAACGACGACGCUAACAACACGGUUAGAUAGAUCAGCCGAAGUCUUUCACAAAGACCUAUGAUUAUAGGGCAUUUAGUAUAUGUGCCACAAGAUUAGGAACAAACUGCCACUUGCCAUACGCAAGUCAAACUUUAUCAGAGCUUCAAAAGAGGACUUAAAACAUACCUCUUUGAACUAUUUGUGGACAGCCACUCAUUGUGUUUGUAGGCAUCGUGAAUAUUUUUUAAAUGUACUUAGUUUUUAAACC